AUGGCAGACUCAUCCUUCAAGGUCCCCUCUCUGCUUCCCCAAGACCUUCUUAUCAUUCAAGACCUUGUAGGCCAUGUUCCGGAACCCCCAGUUGAGGCACAGCUCAAAUCUCCCGAUAACGAUCACUCCAUCGCAAGUUCCGGUGAGGAAACGAAUAGUGAGGAUGAGGUAGAGGCAGAUAUAUUGUUAGAUGACGAAGACAUCUCCCCAUUGCCCACAGACUCUGCUUCAGAAUCUUCAGACUCGGACUCCUCUUCUGAAGGUGGGGCGGAUGCGCCUCGUCCUCCAGACAAGGUUAAGAACAUAGAAGACGACGAAGACGACGAGGAGAGCGGGCCUGCUGUUAUUGCUCUCCCUCGGACAAAAAAUGAAGUGGCCGAGGAGGAUAUCGUCAUCCCAAAAAUUACCGAAGUCGGGCCUGACGAACACCUCGAAAAGGUUGGCGAGGUCAUGAGUAUCCUUGACAGAAUGGCUAUCGUCAAAGGUGUUGCAUCAGAAACUCCUGGACGAGGGUCCGAAAGGGCACUAGAUUCCGAGACCUUACUCGUUUUCGAAAAUAGGCAGGUUAUGGGAUACAUCUCUGAGACGUUCGGGCCGACUUACCAACCCAUGUAUCAAGUGAAAUUCAACGACAAAUUUCCUCUUGAUGCCGAAAAAGUGAAGAUCUCGCGCGAGGUCUUCCACGUCCCUCAACGAAGUAAUUUCGUCUUCGUCAACGAACUCAAGCAUUGGCGAGGAAGUGACGCUAGCAAUCUCCACGACGAGGAGCCUGCGGAAUUCGAAUUGGAGUUUUCUGACGACGAGCAAGAAGCCGCACACAAGGCAAGACUCAAGCAACGGCGGUUUGGCUCACGAGAGCCCUCCACCAUGUCUUCGAGACACUCAACACCGACACCAUCGCAAUCCCGGGACACAGCUGCAGAUACGCUCUAUGGCCUUAAUCCCUACGACGCAUACGGAGCAUAUGACAUGGACUAUGCUGCCGGACCAUCACGUCCUCCGCCUAUUCCUUACGAUGACGACCCAUACUCGGAUCCGUACACCAUGGACACUCCAAACGAACGACCCAGCUCUUCUGAUCAUCUUAUAGCAGACGGCGGACCAGGCUCCUCAGACCUUUCUGGAAGAGCUCCGCAGUUCAAUGAACGGGGACGAGUCGCCGACGUGACCGCGGACGAGGCGCCUUCCGAGAUGGAGGCGCAAAUUCCUCUCGCUCCUCAAUCGUUUCUGCCGACUCCUGGGACUGUUCCUCCUGCGACAGGUCAAUUCACCAACGGCAUUGGCACGUCUGUUCCUGGUGACUUCUCAGCACCACCAGUUGGCACGGGCAACCCAUGGUCCUACGACCCUCAGUUCAAUCAAUUCAACAGCUAUGGGUAUGCACAGCAUCAGUUUGUGCAGCCACACAUCAAUCCUAGGUUUGCGUCAUCGUUUGGCUUGAACGUUCCUUUCAUACAGCAACAGUAUAGUCAGUAUGCACAAUAUGGUGCCGGCGGGGACGGCAGCUACGAUUAUGGCGAAGGUGCCAGCGAUGGCAAUUGGUCUGGAAAUUGGAACCCCCAAACUGGAUCGGACAGCCAGGGCCCAUAUGGGCAUGAUCAGAAAGAGGUGUAGCUGUAUGAUCGCUGAGCGCUGAGGUCUCUAUCCUUAUUCAUCAUUGGAAUUUUUGUUCUUCUUUGAAACAAACCACUGUGUUGUUCAGUUGGGUUUUGAAGUAAAAUUUAUGCAUCGGUGGUCUUUAAGUAUAGGUCUAUAAUUAUCAAUUAUUGUGCUGUCUUGUUCUAAUAGCAUUUGCUACGAGAGUAAGCCUUUUGACUCCC